CCCCAAUGAAUGUCAUCUUCGUUAGCUCCACAGGUUCCGGGCCACUGUUCUUGACACCUUUGAUAGAAGAGAACAACUGUAACCACGCCAGGACUAUAAGCAGGGUGAAGCUGUUCAAAAAUGAGGUGAACGUCACUGCUCACUCGGGCUUCAUCACUGUAAACAAGACACUCGGGAGUCAUCUUUUCUUCCUCUACAUACGAGCCCAGGGAGGACCAGGACUGUCUUCCCUAUUCGGGCAAUUUCUCGAAAUCGGUCCAUUGGCCAUCAACAGUGACGGAAGUCUGUCCAAGCGGCUCCGGACUAUUCAAAAGAACGUCAGCGUCAUUUACCUGGACGUCCCUGUUGGAGCGGGCUACAGCUUCACGAAAAAUCCUUCGGGUUAUGCACACAGCCUGGAGGAUAUCAGUGCGGCUGUCACUGAAUUUCUGGGCCAGUUCCUGAUUCUCUUUCCUGAAUACAAGGAGAGGGAUUUCUACGUCGCCGGAGAGUCGUACGGAGGUCAAUGUUGUGGCAGGCCAGUGUCUCAGCAGGCCAACGUUGAGGAAGGCCAAAGUGGUGGCAUAGAAAAGUUGUGGGACGCCAUAGGUGUGGCAGGCCCCAACUUUCGCAUGGCACAAGUUCUGGAAGGCCGAAGAUGUGACAAGCCAAAGUUCUGCAACUUCUGGUGCUGUGAGAAGUUCGAAGACUUGAGACUUUCGGAAGAUACGCCGUUGGUAUCGCAUUCCAUCUGCUCACAAACACGGUCAAACCGGUACCUCUCAAGCUACGAGGAACAAUUGCUGGGGUCGGAUUCCUGGGGCCAAUCUUCGAUAUAG